AUGUGGAAUCGCCCAGGUCGGACAGGCGCUCUGGCGCAUGCGCCACGUGGCGCGCAGCCUCAGUCGGGUGCGGCGGGACUGAAGCGUUCUUGGGGCGUGGCCGGUGUGAACGGCAGGUCGAGCUUGCGUGAGGGCUUGCUUCGGCCCACUCUUACUGCCGGCGGGAGCACGGGGAGAUUGAAAGGUUCGGUCCCGUCCUUGAGGUCCUGUGGGCGCCUUCGAGUCACAGGGAAAGCCAAUGUAUUGCUGGGGGCCACUGCUCUGAGGCCAUUGCGCAAUCCGUGA